AUGGGCGCCGACCUUGACAUUCGGUCAUGCGCGGUGCAUCCGCGCGCACUUGAUGGCCUUGAGAGCUAUGCGCUUUUCAAGGUCACCACAGUUUUCUGGCCGGGCCUAGACCUUGAGGAUCGUGCCAAGGGCGACGUGGGCCGUUGGGCAGGAUCGGGACCGCCCAUCACUGCACCCGUGGGCUGGUUCCGGCGGCCGCCUGGCGGCACUCGGGCGGUCGUCGUGGCUCGAGAAACAGCUCCUCAAACUAACAACCGAGUCGUGAAAGGACUUCUCUUCUCUGUGCGGAAAUUGUCAGAUGAAAACCGCAUGCUCUGGUUCGACAAGAUGUCCGCUAUAGUAGCGAACCUCAGCCGCGUGUAUUCGCCGAUCAUGCUCAGCCAUGAGUGGCCGAAGCUUGGUCGGCUGCUCUUCACCGUUCUAUGCAGCGUUCUAGGUGUAUCUAUGAACGGCUUCUUCGUAGCUUCCUUCUUUGUUGAGCCUGGCCUGAACAAGAUCGUGACCCUGAGUAGCGAGUUGAGCCGCGUGUAUUCGCCGGUCAUGCUCAGCCAUGAGUGGCCGAAGCUUGGUCGGCUGCUCUUCACCGUUCUAUGCAGCAUGCUAGGCGUGUCUAUGAACGGCUUCUUCGUAGCUUCCUUCUUUGUUGAGCCUGGCCUGAACAAGAUCGGAUAUGUGUUUAUGGCGUGCUUAGGCAUGUCGGACUUGGUCAUAUCCACGGCCGUGCUUCCGACGUCGGCGGUGGUACUGCUGUCCGGCGAAUGGGACACGGAUCCGGUAUGCUACGCCCUCCAGGUCGUGACCGAGGCCGGGACUUACAGCUACAGUCUAUUCUUCAUGAUGUCUGCGAUAGAGUCAUACUACAGACUCUGCAAAGCUACAUCUGACUACGAAUUCCUAAUCUCCAUGAGGAUCGGUCUCUUCACUGUCAUCCUCUUUACCAUCACAUUCCUCACCGCCGCCGUCGGAGUCUACAUGGAACUCGACUACGACUACUGCCAUCGCAGCCACUCGGGCAACUUCAUCUUCAGGGUCACUACGUUUGUCAUCUUCUACAUUAUUCCAUUUGUCGUUAUUUUCUUCUGUCUCGCUAACAACGCCUGCAGGAUUAGAAAUAAAGCUAGAAAACAUAACCACUACAAACGCAGCCUACAAUUUGAGACUGAAACAACGACUAACAAUCUCAACAUUACCGCAUAUUUCUUGUUUGUCGCGGCUUGGAUCCCAUACCUGGUCGUUGUGUACCUGUAUCCCGACACUACUGACUCGAAAUACUAUCAAAGCGUUUGGAUUGGCAUCUUCCGAUCUGUGGUCACGAGCUUUCUCUACGGAUCCAUGGACAGAAAUUUCAGGCGUGCUUUCGCGCACUUGUUCAAUUAUUGUUGCUGCAAGAGCACCCUUUCCGGGUCCUUCGCCGGUCGGCACAGGCGAGCUUUGGAGUGCAAGGCUGUAGGUGAUGUGAGGGUGCACAUUAUGCACCAGGCCAUGAACGCCAACAGCCCUCAGCGAGGAGCGUCAUCGUCCCGGGAGACGCAAGAAUUAUGAUGCCUCUAAGGUAAUUUCGUCGACGGCUUGAGAGGGUGGUCAUCUUUCUACUUUGGAUAGGUUUUGACAAGUGUCGAGCCCAGAGCUUGACGUAAAAAGGCUUUAAAAUUUAACCAUGACCACCCGCUAGAUCAGGGCUUUACUAUACCUGAUUUUGUUGCAAUUUUUUUUCGCAUAUAACUUUAAUGGGUAAUUGUAGAACAAAGUGAGAAACAUUAACGCAAGCAAGGGAUUUUUUAUAAAAAUGUACAUAUAAAAAAACUAAACAAAAAAAAAUAGAAUGGUAUGCCCAUUGUAUUAACUUGUAAAUACUUUACGAAUUCAGGAAUGUUAACCUUUAAUGGUUUUAAGAGCUUCAAGUGUUGAAUCUGUAUAUG